ACCAACAACCUCUCCAUGUUCAAAAUCUCCUUUCUUCUCCAUUCUGAUGCUCGGUUUGAACUUCAGCAGGCCGUCUUGACAAGUUUUAGAAAGCCUCGUCUUCACAAGCUGAAAGUCAUUUUCUCCUCAUCCACAGUUUCAGACAAGACAGCACUUUCAGUCGCCAUGAGAAACUUUGUGGUGUUUUUCCUCGGCGCCAGCUUCGCCAUGUUCGGACUUGGCGUCUCGCUGCAGUGUUAUUCCUGCCCCGGUGGCUCCAGCAGCAGCUGUGAAGUCAAACAUGGCUGUAACCAAGGUGAAGACACCUGCCUCAAACUCACCAGUGAAGAAAAGACCUACACUGGGUGUAUGAGGUAUGCAGACUGUGACUUCAUGACUCUGGCGGUCAGAUACGCCCUUCCUGACUUCACCUUUGACUGCUGUCAGUCAAACCUCUGCAAUGGUCAAGAAAAAAGCUUUCUUGACAAACUCAAGGAUUUUUUUGGUUAAGAAAUUGAAACAAAUCAAAACAAAACAAAAGCAAUAAUCUGGUAAAAAUGAAUCCCUUCAGUGUGUUGAUGCUCAUGUUGUAGCACUCUGUUGAGCUGCUUAUCAUUUUGCAAACAACUAACAAUAAAGUUUUCAAAUCCUCACAGAAACUCCUCAUGUCACUCUUCAC